UCCGCUCCUCAUUUGCAAAAUUGAUGAGCCAAAAUUCCGUUGGAUUUGAUUCCUCGGCGACGGAACUGCAGAAAUGCCGAUGAAUCGCUACGAGAUUCGGGACGAGUACAGCUUGGCCGAUCCGGAGCUGUAUCGAGCCGCCGACAAGGAUGAUCCCGAGGCCUUGCUUGAAGGCGUCGCCAUGGCUGGCAUGGUCGGCGUCCUUCGCCAGCUCGGAGACCUAGCCGAGUUUGCAGCAGAGAUUUUCCAUGAUCUGCAUGAAGAAGUGAUGGCCACUGCUGUAAGAGGGCACAGUUUAAUGAUACGAGUCCAACAGCUUGAGGUUGAAGUGCCUUCAGUUGAAAAGGCACUUCUUUCCCAAACUGACCUUUCCUCGGUCUUUUACAAUACUGGUGUUGAUUGGCAUGCUAAUAUACAAUUGGAGCAGAAUCUGGUCACGCAAGGAGAUUUACCUCGUUUUGUAAUGGACUCCUAUGAAGAAUGCAGGGGUCCUCCUCGACUAUUUCUUCUAGACAAGUUUGAUAUUGCCGGUGCUGGAGCAUGUCUAAAACGCUACACUGAUCCUUCAUUCUUUAAACUAGAAACAUCUGCAACAGCUACUGCAAAUGUCCAAAGGGAAAAGAAAAUCAGGAAAGCAAAGAAGAAAGGACUACAUGCAAGAUAUGGAGGAACUCCUGAAACUUUGCAAGAAUCAUCACAUGCAAAACUCCAUCAGCUUUUACUGAAGGAAUGUGUUGAAAAUGGUGUUAGCAAACCUGCAUACCGUGCCAGAUUGAAAAGGAGGCCAUAUGCAUUCCCGUUUAGCUUAAAAUCUGGGAAGAGCUACAUGGAAGAAUUAUUAAAGAAUCCGUCCCCCGAGCAUAAAUUGCUGGAUGAUCAAAAUGAAUCUGUACUUGAACUCAGAUCAGUGAGUCCUGGAAGAGAAAGUGAAGGAAGCAAAAGUGAUUCUCUCUUUGCAUAUAAAGAGGAAAUUUUUCCUAAAUCAUCCUCGAAUCAGAGAAAUGAUGCUUUGAAAGAUAUCAAAACAUAUGGGGUAUCAUCACUUAUUAAUAUUCUUACAGAUGACAUCCCGUCCAUUUCUGAUGAGGAGACCAGUGGAAAGGAUAUAGCUAUGGUUGGGGAAAGCAAAAUGGAAGGAAGCUCAACAGGUUACCAAUCGGAUGAGGUUGCCAGUGAGAUAGACAAUUUCGUGGAUGCACCUUCAACCAUGGAAUCAGAAAUGGAUACGGACUCUGAGUUGAAGGUGAAGAAUAAAUUUGCCUCAUAUAGGAAAAAUCAACCACAGGCUUCUCUUAAAAAUGAAGCACGUUCCCAUUCUUUGUCAUUAGAUUCGCAAUCCACUGGAGACUUCUCAAUAUCCGAUGAGGGGAACAAUUCAUACAAAAAGGAAAUAUCUAGCUUCUUAUCUUCAGACUCUCCAAGAACCUCCGCUGAAAACCCUCAAAUAGAAAAAUUAUCUGCUGAUGGAUUUCCAUCUGCUGAUAUUCCUGAAUUUGUUAUAGUUAAUUCAUCAUCCAUUGAGAGAACUCCGCAACAUUCUCCUGCCGACAAUGCUUCAAAACCUGUGCAUUCUAAUAAUACAUUAUGUGUCAAUGACUCAGCCCCUGAGAACAGGCCUGACUUUGAGCAGCCUACUUGUAGUUCAAGCAGCAGUUCUAAAUCAGGUCCUACUUUACCUCAUUAUGAUUCAAGAACAGUUGCAGUAGAAGGAACUUUAAGAGGAGCUACGUCAGAUGAAACAUUCUCAAACUCGGAUGAAAAUGAAGAAAAGAGAGACCUGAUUUCUGAUUCUCAAUGUUCUCCCAGUGCUUCUCAUUUCAAGUCACUGAAAGAUGAUUCUCAGAGGCCCUCUUCUGGAGAACAUCUUCGUGGUGAGAUACCUUGGAGGUCACCCUAUGCUGCUAUUAGUCAUCAUACCUCUGAUAGUUUAGAUGCUAUAUCUGCUCAUUCGGUGCGUGAAGAUGACUCUGAUCAGAAGGGUCUUAAUCAGUUUCAGAAUAUACCUUUCACCGUGAACACUGCUGAUAAUAUUUAUGAACACAGAAUUGAUACUGAAGUGAUCUUAUCAAAGGAGAACCCAAUUCCAGGUAAAUUGGACAAAAAGGUCGCGAAGUUGACUGAUAACUUUGCAAAUGAUUACAUUGAAAUAGCGCAUAACGGAGACAAUGUCGCGUCAGAAGUUUCUGAAGGAGACGAAAGAGAUCUAAGUGGCGAUUGUUAUCAUGAAGAUCCAAGUGUUGUUUCUGAAACUUUGGACUCUGAGGAGCAUUGCUCUAAUCAGAUCAGCACAGGGACUUUGACUUUGCCUGGUAUUGGUCAAACUCCUAUUUUGUUGGAGGAAGGUCUUGUUACUCAUGAAGGACCAACAGCAAUAAAUGGAACUUCUAAACUUGGAUUCCCCAAAACUUCAGAAGUUAUAGGUUUGCAGAUAGGGAUAACAGAUGAUGCCAACCCCAGCGGUCUUUCAGCUCCAGAAAAUUCAUUUUGUAUGCCAGACAAACUUGAAGAUUCUUCAGAGAUAUCUUACACCACAGAAAGGGAUGGUAUCAACCUGGACAGUGGCAUUGCUGAAGUAGAACAUUCUGAAAUUUCUAGCUCCGCAUGUUUGAAAUUACCGAAUCAAAUGACUGAGUCAUUAGAUGAGUUAGAUCCAAGUACAGAUCAAUCUGAGAAUGCUAGGAUGGCUUGCUCUACACCUGCAGUUUCUGACAAUACUAUCUUGGAGAAUGUCAGUUCACCCUCAGGCCUUAAUAUAUUGGUGGAAGAGCAUGUUCCUUGCUUUCAGGAUCUGGGUGUACUUGAGGAUCAUGCAACCAGUCUCUCUGGAUUGAAUAGGGAAUCUGUGGAGAAGGAAGAAGGGAGUGAUAUUUCAGGAAGUCGUAGCGAUUUAGUGGAGGAUGUGAAUGACAGAGAAGCUGCUGCACUAGAUUUUCUUGCAGUCUGUGAAACGAAGCAUGAUGAUCUGGGUCUGGGUAUACUUGAGAAUCAUGCAACCAGUCUUUCUGGAUUGAAUAGGGAAUCGGAGGUGGAGGAGGAAGCAGGGAGUGAUAUUUCAGGAAGUCGUAGCGAAUUAGUGGAGGAAGUGGAUGACAGAGAAGCUGCUGCACUAGAUUUUGUUGCAGUCUGUGAAACGAAGCAUGAUGAUCAUCUCAAACCGGAAGUAUCGCAUACUGAUUUUGGUUCAUGUCUUGAUUCUGAGGGGGUUGAUAUGGUUAAUGCAUCACAAAUUCUGACUCCUAUGGAGCAAAGUGUCCUAGAUACAGAAGAUGAUUCUUUCCAUCAAAGUGGUCUAGAGAAUAUCGUCUCGGAUGUUGACUCAUUACACAUUGCUUCUGUGGCUGAAGAAUCGGUCUUGGCAGAAAAUAUUGAAUUACAUUCUGCCGCUAUUGAAGAUGCUUUGCCUAAUUCUGUUGAAAUUAUAAGUUCAGAGUUGUCAUCUGCAUUUCCUACAACUCAACUGCAGAUGUUGGAUCCUUAUAAUGACAAAGGAUUUGACAAUUUUGCCUCAUCAUUUCCACCUCCUGACUAUUCACCUUCAGUGCCGGCGCUUCCAGGUCUACAAAACGAUGGCACUGAUGCUUCUGUUUAUCCCAAGGAUCCAUCGGGGUUAACAUUCCCCCUUGGUAAUUCCCCCCCUGAAACUAAUCAGAUGAACCUGCACCAGUCACCUUCUUUGCCACCUCUCCCUCCACUUCAGUGGAGGAUAGCCAAGCCUCAGCAUGCCUCGUCUACUACAGAGGAAGAGAAAAUGGAAAUCAAGGAAAUAUUUCCAGAAGCAAUCUUUCCUCCUGAGAUAUCCACAGGAAAUGUUAGUUCCAUGCCUGAACACUUGAAAGAAUCUCGAAUUCAGAAGAUGGUUGGCCUCCCACAAAAAAUAGAAAACGAGCAGGACCAGGUGCAGCUACAGCCACAGCCACAGCAGCAACUUUUGAAUCCUACAGUGGAGAAAGAGGUCCAAUCACCAGCUGAAGAAGUUCAAGUUGCUGAAGGGAGUCAAAUGGUAAUAUUGCCUAUUCAAAUAGGUAUGCCUCAGCAUGCCUCGUCUACUACAGAGGUAGAGAAAAUGGAAAUCAAGGAUGUAUUUCCAGAAGCAACCUCCACUGGAAAUGUUAGUUCCGUGCCUGGACAUAUGAAAGAAUCUCCAGUUCAGAAGAUGGUUGGCCUCCCACAAAAAAUAGAAAACGAGCAGGACCAGGUGCAGCUACAGCCACAGCAACAACUUUUGAGUCCUACAAUGGACAAAGAGGUCCCAUCACCAGCUGAAGAAGAUGAAGUUGAAGUUGCUGAAGGGAGUCAAAUGGUAAAAUUGCCUAUUCAAAUAGUCCCACAGUCCGUUUUAAAAGAAGAGGGUGAUAACAUGGAUCAGGCAGUUCACCCACCACCAGAAGUAGAAACACCGCAGCAAAAGCAGCAGCUUCAUCUUGUAUUACCCAUUCAGGAUUGUGUAGUUCCUUCACCAGCUGUGGAAGAUGGAGUUGCUAAAGGGUAUCGAACAAUCAAACUUCCUCGAACUUGCAACCCUGUUAUUGGUUCUGUUGCUGCUCUUGAUAAGAGUAGACUGCGGAAGGUUACUGAACAAAUCGGACCUCAGAAACAAAAGCAAGAAGCUGCAACUUAUUUGCAGCUGCGGAAGGUUACUGAACAAAUCGGACCUCGGAAACAAAAGCAAGAAGCUGCAACUUAUUUGCAGCUGCGGAAGGUUACUGAACAAGUCGGACCUCAGAAACAAAAGCAAGAAGGAAGAGAUGCUCUCCUGGAUCAAAUAAGAGCCAAGUCCUUCAACCUGAAACCUGCUGCAACAACAAAGCCUAGUAGCAUUCCAGGACCUAACACCAAUCUUAAAGUUGCUGCAAUUCUGGAGAAAGCAAAUGCAAUUCGCCAGGCCUUGGCUGGUAGUGAUGAAGAUGAUGAAGAUAAUUGGAGUGAUUCAUGAAUCUUGCCUGCUAGUUUAUUCCAAAAUGUCUUCCUUCCUCAUCCACCACUAUCUCUUCAAGUUUCCACCAGCUAUGGAUGUUUCCGGGCAAGAGUCGAGUCUGUGUAAAUAUGUUCGACACACGGAUAAAACAGAAGCGCUGCUAGCACUAUCUGGUUUGGUUGCUGUGUGUGUAUGUUGGAGGAUGAGUAGUGUAACAAAAAAAUUUCAACUGUACAAAGCAUGUCCUUUUCGAUUUUGUCUUGGUGAAUACUUGCUCGAAUAGAUAUGUAGAAGAUACAUCAUUAGUUGAAAUUACUAAUUAUUUGUA